AAGGCGGCUCUCGGCAUUGUUUCAAGUAACAUGAUAAAGCUUCAGACGAACAUACUGAUUCAAUCAUAUAUUCAACAAUGACUAGAAAUAUUUUAAUAUUGCACAUUAUAUUAAGAUAAUUAAUACCAUUGGAUCAACAUGAGUGGAUUAUUUGCCAAACAAACAGUCAUGGGGUUUAGACUGAUUUUAGCUAAUUUCUGUUUUGAUUCUCUUACAUUUGCUGAUUAACAUUGGCUGAAUUAAUGGCAUAAGACUGUGAUUAAUACAACAUGGCUAGAAUUAAAUGGAAAAUAAAAUUACUACCAAAGAUAGCAAUAGACUCAUUGAAAAAGCUGCACUAUCGCACAAAAAUUAUUUUCAAGUCUUUAACAUAUAAUCACCAUAUGAACCAAAGCUAUGCAGCCGAUGUGGCUAUGGAACCUAUUUUUUGGAUAGUGGACAAUUUUACACAAUUUUUGGGCCCGUUUUUUAUAGUAGCAGUUACAUGCCUAACUACUGCAGUCGUGUUUAUAGCAUAUUGGAUUGGCCUUCCUUUUUAUUGGAAUCGUUCACAACCUCUCACAAUUGCUUUAAUAAUAGUAGGACAUUGGCUGUUGAUUAACAUAGUGUUUCAUUAUUACAUGGGAGUUGUUACUGAACCAGGAAAACCACCAGAUGGAGCUUUAAUAACUGAAGCAGUGAGUAUAUGUAGAAAGUGUAUUGCCCCAAAACCACCCCGGACACACCAUUGUUCUGUUUGCAAUCGAUGUGUAUUGAAAAUGGAUCAUCAUUGUCCUUGGUUAAACAACUGUGUGGGGCAUUACAACCAUCGCUACUUUUACUUAUAUAUGGUUUAUAUGGUUCUAGGAGUUACUUUUGUUAUAAUAUUUGGGUUUGAAAUAGCAUAUGGUGUACUGUGGGUAGGUUCCAGUGGACAUUGGACAGAAGAUCACCAACCAGAUGGGCAUCCCGUUAGAUUUAAUAAUUCAGGACAUAUGGUUCAUGUUGCAGAGAUGAAUGAAUAUGGUGAUGCUGGACCUCCACAUCAUGAUCUUCCAGUACCUGAAACAUUAGAGACCGAAAUUCUUGCUGAUGAUACAAUGACAAGAAGAGCAGUUCUAUUUAUGGCGUUGAUAAAUACAGCCGUUUUAUUUGCGCUGGGAGGCUUAUCUAUUUGGCAUGGUAAAUUAAUUUCUAAAGGUGAGACUAGUAUUGAAGCAAAUAUUAAUAAAUCUGAAACAAAGAGAUUGGCACUGCAAGGAAAACAAUAUAGAAACCCAUAUAAUUUCGGAACAACAAAAAAUUGGAAGUUAUUCCUAGGAUUAGUAAGAGGCAGAACUGUGGCAAUGCACUUAUUAUUACCAUCUGCUCAUAAACCCGAUGGAGAUGGUUUAACUUGGUAUACAGUACAUGACGAACAACCCAAUGACUGGCCUUGACAAAUAAUUAAAAUAUAGCAAUCAAAUAGGCAUAGGAAUUCUAAAUCAAGUCCGAAAAGGCAAUUACCAAAAGUUCAUCUUUUAAUAAAUAAUAAAAGUAAGUGAUAUUAUUUAUAAAAAAUAUUUAUAUUUUUUCAACUUAUUUACCUCAACUUUGAUGCAGUUAUUAGAU